CUGUUUACUCUGGGAGCAUGGGAGCGGACGUCAGGACUGUGGUCCUUGCAUUGGGGAUCUCCAUUUUCAAACCUUGCCGUCGCAAAGCUGGGAAGAAGGUAAAGUUUGUGCAAGCUCAGUGGCUUAGAAAGGAUCGGAUUUCAAAAUGUGGAGCUCCAGAUCAUCCCUGUUCCAGGUGUCUUUGUGUCUGCUGGUUUCUGUUGGCUCCUGCACCUGUAAAGCUCUCAAUAAUGACAUCCAGAGCGAGAUCCCUGAUGGACUCUACUCUCAUCUGUCAGAGGAGGACCUUCUGGAGGAGGAAGACACAGACUCCAGGAUGGAGAACCUCCUGGGAACCAUGAAGGAGGGCUUUCUGAGAAAACUCAACCUGUCAGACGUUCCUCACGAGAACAGCAAAAUCUACCCUCCUCAGUUUAUGAUGGAGCUCUACAACAAGUAUGCCUCGGACAGCUCGGCAAACCCUCAGUCUGAUGUCAUACGAAGCUUCACUGUCCAAGAUAUCCCUCUCUCUGAGACAAAUGGCACAAAGUCAAAGAGCAGGCUGCAGUUUAACAUCAGCAUCCCCACCCACGAGAAGCUCACUACUGCUGAACUACAGCUCUUCUUCUUCCCAGAUCCCAGGUCAACGGUCACCUACCACAGAUUCAAGACCACCGUCAAAGUCUAUGAAGUGGAUUACAACGAUUUCACAUCCACCACCCAACUGCUGGUUGGAAAAGAGGUGACAAGCUUUGAGAGCAUGUGGGAAACAUUUGAAGUGACUGCGGCAAUUCAGAGCUGGAUCAAGUCGGGCCAUAGAGCAACUGUUUUUGAUGUCGUGGUGGAUAGGAAGGACUGUGGGGCCUCUAAAGGUGAAGAAGGAGCAGGCUGUUUGAAUAUGAGCGUGUCUGUUGGAGAUAACACUUCAGCGGCUUUAAUCAUCUUCUCGGAUGACCUGGGUAGCAGGAGGAGGGAGAAAAAGAAGGAACUAAGAGAGAUGAUCCUCCACGAAGAAGAAACCAUCUUACACUCAGGUGCGGACUGGAACAGAGGAGAUCAGCUUCCAAACGAGAUCCCGGAAGAGCACCUACGGAGAAAGAAAAGAAAGGUAGAGAGAGAAUACUGCCAGCGGACCUCUCUCAAAGUCAACUUUAAAGACAUUGGCUGGGACAGCUGGAUCGUGGCGCCUCCAGAAUAUGAUGCCUUUGAAUGUCGAGGACUGUGUUACCACCCGCUGACAGACGAAAUGACCCCAUCAAAGCAUGCCCUUAUCCAGACGCUGAUCAACAUCAGGAACCCCAAGAAGGCCAACAUGGCAUGUUGCGUCCCCAUCAAACUGGACCCCAUCACAGUCAUGUAUCAGGAGAACGGACGCCUCACUAUCAGAUACCUUUAUGAAGAGAUGAAGGUGGCAGAGUGUGGCUGCAGGUAGUCAGAGAGAAUUGGUUUGCUCUGGUGGUAGGACAGGUGAUUAUAAUAGUGCAAAUGCUGCAUUUCAUUUAAGUCUGUCUGAUGUUCAUUUCCUGCAAUGGUCCAGUAGAAGAGAAGUACCACAGGUCUAACAAAAAGAUAAGAUUUUAUUUAUACCAAGGAAUUAAAUGAUUGUGCAACAGUUGCAUUACAAAGUAGGAAACAGUGCAAGAAACAUGGACGCCUCUAUUUUCUUAAGUAGGUUGAUAAGAUUAAAAGUCCGAAAUAUUCAUCCCUGCAACACAAGUUACAUCAGUGAUAUCAAGACUGAGAGUAUACAGCCAUACUCUGUGAGGUUGUACUUAGGUUCAGCAGUGCUUUAAGCUGAAUGCUAACAUGCUCAAAAUGACAAUACUAUCAUGCUGAUGUUUAGCAGGUUUAAUGUUUAUCCUAUUCAGGAUCUUUUUUUAGCAUGUUAGCAUGCUAACAUUUGAUAAUGGAAUGGGGAAUGUCAUUAGUUUUGCAGUUUAUUUUCCAGAAAGUAUUAAAAGUUUUGACCUGAUGAAAUGUCAGAAGAUCACCAAAGUCAGUAGGAAUUAUCCUCUGGGGACAACGAAUGUCUCUACAAGACAUAAGGCAAUCCAUUAAGUAGAUGAGGUAUUUCAAUUUGGACCAGUCUGAAAUGCAACUAACAGUGAAACCUCCAACAGGUCAAUAACACGUUGUUGCUUGUGCUGCUAUGAAUUGUAACGGAACCUGCAGCCAGAUACCAUGCCUGUUAGCAUUUCACAUGUCAUCACCAUCAAGCACGAACCAAAGGAGACAGAUAUCUUUAUAUUGUGUAUUUAAUACUGGUUAUAUGUACAUAAAAGCUUGCCCGUACACUGUCUUGAUCUAAUGUGUUAUAACAAAAAACAAAAUUGUAUUAUGCAGUAAAUAAUGUAAAACAGAACAGAAAGUGUGUAAAAAGCAACAGUAUUUUGGUGGUUAACAAACAUCUUUGCAUUGUGAUCUCACAUAUGUGAAAUGACUUCUACCUCUUAACACCGCAUUACAUGGUGGGAGCACGUAAUAUGUAAAAUUACGUGGUGGGAGCACGGCUGAGUGUAGGCACCAAAACUACUUGGUUAGGUUUAGGACAAGAUUAUGUUAUCGGGUAAAAUAACUUAUGUUAUGUACAUGGCAUAACUACAAAGUUAAAGGAAGUAAUCAUCGACUUCUUAUUUUACAUAGGACACAAACAGUGCUCUCCCAGGUGAAAGUCCUGCAUUUCUUUGACCCAUCCACCUCAGCCUCCUACCUACAUGGACUUUCUCACUCAUUAUACAACCUAAGGGUUUGGAUUGUUAACCACCGCCUAAUGCGUGACAUCAUUGAACCAGGGAAUUAGUGUAUUUACCAUGACAAACAAUCCUAAUUGACUUUGCAUUGGCAUUUUUUGUAAUUUUUACACACUGACACCGAUAUGUAAGGCGAUGUGAAGAGGUCACGGUUAUUUGUAUUUGUGAGAUCGGGUUGCAUCUUUUUUCUGUUUUUUUUUUUU